GGGAGGGCGUGCGGGCGGCUAGUGCGGUGAGCGCGCGAGAAGGGCCGGAGCCGGCCUGGGAGCCUCCGGAGCCGAGCGCAGCGAGCGGCGAGCGCUUGGGUGGCGGCAGCGGCAGCGUGCGCGAUGGCUCCGGCCGCGGACCGCAAGGGCUACUGGGGUCCCACGACGUCCACGCUGGACUGGUGCGAGGAGAACUACGCGGUGACCUGGUACAUCGCCGAGUUCUGGAAUACAGUGAGUAACCUGAUUAUGAUUAUACCUCCAAUUUUUGGUGCAAUUCAGAGUGUUAGAGAUGGACUGGAAAAGCGGUACAUUGCUUCUUAUUUAGCACUCACAGUGGUAGGAAUGGGAUCCUGGUGCUUCCACAUGACUCUGAAAUAUGAAAUGCAGCUAUUGGAUGAACUCCCAAUGAUUUACAGCUGUUGUAUAUUUGUGUACUGCAUGUUUGAAUGCUUCAAGAUGAAGAACUCUGUAAACUACCACCUGCUUUUUAUCUUAGUUCUAUUCAGUUUAAUAGUAACCACAGUUUACCUUAAGGUAAAGGAGCCUAUAUUCCAUCAGGUCAUGUAUGGAAUGUUGGUCUUCACAUUAGUACUUCGAUCUAUUUAUAUUGUUACAUGGGUUUAUCCAUGGCUCAGAGGACUGGGUUAUACAUCCUUGGGCAUAUUUUUAAUGGGGUUUCUAUUAUGGAACAUAGAUAACAUCUUUUGUGAUUCACUGAGGAACUUUCGAAAGAAGGUGCCACCUAUCAUAGGUGUUGCCACACAGUUUCAUGCAUGGUGGCAUAUUUUAACUGGCCUUGGUUCUUAUCUUCACAUCCUUUUCAGUUUAUAUACAAGAACUCUUUACCUGAAAUACAGGCCAAAAGUAAAGUUUCUCUUCGGAAUCUGGCCAGUGAUCCUGUUUGAGCCUCUCAGGAAGCACUGAUGAAUUAUUCCACCAAGAAAACAAAAAAGCACCUACCAUAGACCUGGCCAAAUGAAUAAGGAAAUCCUUAAAGAUCUACACAUUCAAGUAUAUUAUGACCAUCAGAGUAAAGAGUGACUUUCUGAGUAAUGCUGCCAGUCACGCAGAGAAUAAGGAAUGGGGCAUGUUGGAUGUUUAGCUUGUGUCUUUAUCUCAUUGUCCUUCUCCUCCUCACCCUCACUCUAAAAUGUUUUUUUUUUUUUUUUUAAAAA